GUCUCAGGCUUUGUGGUUAGACCUCAGUAACCAGCUGUGUGCAUUCUUGGGUAAACCACCUCCCACUGCUCAGGUCUGUCUGUAGAUGGGUUAACUGGGGCCAAAAAACUCUCCUAGGGGCCCCAUUGGCUGUAUUCAGUUUUGUAAUGAAAGACUCCAGGUAUUCAGGAGAGGGUCUGGAAUUUUCCCCUAAACACCAGUCCAGUCUACAUAGAAACUAAAGACACCCCAUAUUCACCCUCAGGGCUGUCCCCUCGCAGUGGCUGUGUUUGAGGCUCCCUCCUACUCCACACUCCAAGACAGGCUGGGGCCACGUGGCCCCGCCCCACCCUGCCCUUGCUGGCUGGGGCUCCAGUUCUAGAAACAAAUCUGAGCUGCUGUAGCUUGUGUUCCCCGCCCUCCGAGAAGAGGGGCCACGACAGCAUUUGCUGCCACAGCCCCAAGGCACCUGCUCCCGGUCUUGAGCUGCUCAAAGCUUCCAACAACCCAGAGAAGCCUACGUUCUGGCAGAGCUAGACUUCACACUGAGCAGCUGCAGCCGGAGAAACCAGAGAAAGCACCACCCAGCCCCAGAUUCCAAGAGGCCUGCCUGCUGGGGACUCCCUUCUCUUCCUCCUCCUCCUCCUCCUCUUCUUCUUCCUCCUGAGACCCCCAAAGCCACUGUCUCACACCAGUUCCUGAGCUGCAAUGGGACUGGCAGCCACCGCCCCCUGGCUGUCCUCCGCCCUGCCAAGCAGAUAGGGCGGUAGCUACCCCAGGAGUACCUGCCCCCUCUCAGCCUGGGCCAGCCCUUCCUGAACUUGGUGGCCACCUUUGCUGACCUAAGGCCAUGUAGUCCCUGGCUCAGGCCUCUGGACACACUGCUGGGGACAGUGCCUCUGCGCUCAGGGGGCACCCAGUGCACCAUCAUGCCCUGGGGACUCGCCUGGUUAUACUGUCUUGGGAUCCUACUUGACGUGGCUUUGGGGGACGAGAAUUUGGAGAUAUGGACUCUGACCCAAGAUAAGGAGUGUGAUCUUACAGGCUACCUUCGGGGCAAGCUCCAGUACAAGAACCGGCUUCAGUACAUGAAACACUACUUCCCCAUCAACUACAGGAUUGCUGUGCCUUAUGAGGGAGUACUCAGAGUGGCCAACAUCACAAGGCUGAAGGCCCAUGUGAGUGAGCGAGAGCUUCGGUACCUGUGGGUCUUGGUGAGUCUCAAUGCCACUGAAUCUGUGAUGGAUGUGCUUCUCGAGGACCACCCAUCCUGGAAGUAUCUGCAGGAGGUUCAGACAUUGCUGGAGAAUGUUCAGCAGAGCCUCAUGGAUGUGGAGAUUGGCCCUCACGUGGAAGCCGUGUUAUCUCUUCUGAGUACCCCAGGCCUAAGCCUGAAGCUGGUGCGGCCCAAAGCCUUGCUGGACAACUGCUUCCGGGUCAUGGAGCUGCUGUACUGCUCUUGCUGUAAACAAAGCCCCAUCUUAAAAUGGCAGGACUGUGAGCUACCCAGGCUCCAUCCCCACAGUCCAGGGUCCUUGAUGCAGUGUACAGCUACCAAUGUGUACCCUUUGCCUCGGCAGACCCCCACCUCCCUGCCCAGGUCCCCAAGCUCAAGCCAUGGCCCGUUGCCCUGAGCAGUCUGUGUGUUGACCCUGGGUCGGGCCACUGGAUGUAUUUCAGAAACUGGUCUGGAUUUGAGACUUUCCUGGUUGGUGGGUAGGUAGCCCUUUAGGAGAGGCCUUCCCAGAAAGGCCUCCUUCCUUCUCUUCUACAGCUAGGCUUCCUGCCUUCUGUACCUGUGAUGUCAUCACCCGGAGCCUCAGGGGAGGGUUGUGAGGAGAUGGCUGGUUGCUAUCCCUCCACCACCUCUACCUGUGGCCGGUUCUGAAAUCUGCAAACACUGCUGCCCCACAGGCGGGUGCCACCUAGGAUUCCGGGACUUACUGGGGCUUUUCAGUUGCGCUGACUGUGGGGUACUGGGCCGAGGACCGACCAAAUGCCGUAUCUUGCCACAACGAUGCUCUUCUGGUUCCUUUUUCUAUUAAAUGGCCAUUUGUUUGGUUUGGCUUGCCUCUG